AUGUCAUCGUUCAUCUCUGUCUAUGGAUCUUACCCGUCGGCUUUCGAGAUGCUCUUGGCGCAAUUCGACAACAUUGAUAAGGCCGAUUGGGUUCUCUGCAACACUGUCUAUGAACUGGAGCAAGAGCUCAUCGUCUCUCUCUCAAAGAUCUGGCCCAUGAAAACCGUCGGCCCAACAAUCCCAUCCAUGUAUUUGGACAAGCAAUUGCCAGACGAUGAAGAUUAUGGGUUCAGCAUCUUCAAGCCCAACAACAAACUCUGCAUGAAUUGGCUGGACAACAAGCCCAAGAGCUCGGUCAUUUACGUCUCGUUUGGUAGCAUGGCAUGUCUAGGCUCCGACCAAAUGGAAGAACUAUGUUACGGGUGGAAGAACAGCGAUCAUUACUUCUUGUGGGUUGUUAGGGCCUCUGAGGAGGAAAAGUUCCCUCCGAGUUUCGACCCAUCCGACGAAAAGGGCCUAGUCGUUUCUUGGUGCCCACAGCUCGAGGUGUUGAACCAUGAAUCUGUGGGUUGUUUCGUGACGCACUGCGGGUGGAACUCGAUGCUGGAGGCACUGAGUUUGGGGGUGCCCAUGGUGGCGAUGCCUCAAUGGACGGAUCAAGGGACGAAUGCUAAGUACAUUUAG